AAUUGGUUCAAAGAACUAUUAAUUAGAUUCUAACAAUGUGAUUCAUCAAUGUGAAUCGCCAAAGAUUAAUCAAAGAUACGUAUAAAUUACAAAUUCUGUUAAUCGAGUAAUCAUAACCUUACAUUUUUAUGUUCUCUUUUUAACCUUAUAUAUAACAUAAACAACAAAUAACAAAAUAAAUAUUCCUCUUGAUGAAAAUAAAUAAAUAAAUAAAUAAAAAUAUCGUAAAUAAAAGAGAAUCGAAACACCGAUGAUGAUAAAAUUUACACUUUCCUUCUUAAGCGUAGAAAUUAAUUCUAGACGCGAUCAAGCGUUUUGUACGACAGGUGGCGUACGAAAUAGGCGAAGAGGCGAAGAUGUAGAGUGAACCCUUUCAACUCGAUAACCUGCGUAUAUCUUUGUCCUUCCUCGGCACAGGUAUGGCCAUACAUGGUACCAGCCGCACUUGACCUAUAUCUUAUUAUGCUGGCAGCGUCCGGAUGCAAUGCGAAACGCGUUUGUGAAUAAGCCCGCCGGGUCUCUUCUCGAGGUUACCGAGGUUCACCACCACCAUAAAGAAGUCCUUCCUUCCUGUAACAGCCGUCUCGGCAUCCUCCGGCUUCCGUGACAGACUCGGACGACAAGGUAGUCCAACAGUGGUCGAAGAGUUCGCUCCUUCUACUUUUUUCCUUCUACUUUUAUUUUUCUUUUUCUUUUUUCUUUCUUUCUUUUUUUUUUCUCGCAUUAAAGUUGGCCGGAUUCGUAACAAGUUUGGAUGAAAAUCCUUGCCGCUCGUUUUUCACGGUAAGUAAAUUAAUAAUUUUAUAAUUCCAAUUGGAUGAUUUUUCUCUCGAUAUCUUUCCUCUUUUUUUCAUUCUCUCUCUCUUUUUAUAGUUGAAAAGUAGUUACAUUUAUAGAAGCACGUUGUACAUAUAAUCUUAGACGUAAUUCUUACGUAUUACAUUAUGUAUCAAGUACUGUAGGCCUUGAAUGAAAGAUAAUAACUUUUUUCUUUUUUUUUUUAAAAUACAUUCCUCGUUCCUCUCUUCUAUGCGAAACAUUGCAACCUUGAACGAAGAGCCAUAUAUUUCACUUUUUUCUCCGGGAAUAGCGUAAAAUCUUAUUUAAAUGCGAAGUAAACAUCCGCCAAGUAAAAGAAUGAGAAAAGAAAAAAACUAUUAAUCAAUUUCAGACGAUGAUUAUUUCAAAAGAUGAUCGAGGGGUUCGAGACGAAAGAGAAAAAUAUUAAAUUUAUCUCACCCCAACCCCUCCUAUCAUUUUAGAGAUCUCGGCUAAUGAUUCGGCCAUCUUCCCCCCCGAAUACCUCAUUCUUGACCGGUAUUUAGGAAGGUCGCGACCUCAGGGUAGGUUUUGUCACGAGAGUAGGUAGUUAUUCUCACGCAUGCGCGACCCGCGGGCGAAAGUAUUUAAAGAGGUGGACGCGCCUUCGGGAAGGCCACUCUUCCCCGAACUGUCACGAAUCGCGCAAGUCCCCCACUUUCCUCCCCUUCCGAGGCAGACCGGCACGCGUUCCCAACGAGAGCGGGGAAAAAAAAAACCACCUCUUUCGGCUCUAUUUUUCUUUCUUUUUUUUUUUCUCCCUCUCUCCCUCCCCCUUUUUCGUCCCUUUAACACCGCGAUAGUUGCCCCCUCUAUCCUCUCCCUCCCCCCACGCUCCACGUCCUCCACGUUUUCCCUCUCCAAGAAACGGUCGGCGUGCCAUCGUUACGUUUAAUAGAUCUGCUGGCCUGUCGUCGCAGAUUCAAUUUCGUAUCGGCAAACGUGACAGGAAGGAAGAGAUCGACCAUCGAACGAAUUAUUCUUGGAGGAGAAAGAGAGAGAGAGAGAGAGAGAUAUAUGAAAAAAUUCGAUUCUCCAAUCUGAUUUUUCAAUCGACUUCCUAAGUGUUAUAUAUAUUAUAAGGGAUUAAAUAAAUAAUUUUCAAGUAAAUUCAAGUGGACAUCAAUUUUGUUAUGUUGACAUCAAAUUUGUGAUGUUCGUUUGAUUAUAUUGGGAAGAUAAUAUCAAGAAUAGUAUUGAGAAGAGAAUAUUUGCCAAGUGAAAAUACGGAUUUCUCUCUGGAUGGAUUAAUUUGGAAAGAUACUUUGUUUGUUAUAUUUCAAAGGACUCAAUUCGAAAGAUGGAAGAGGUGGAUAUACAACAGGAAUCGAGAGAUCAAGUAGGGAACUUGAUCUUUUCUCCUCCACCGAUGAAAAAAUCCGACACGAGGGACAGUAUUUCGUCCGUGGACAGCGACGUGAGCCUUUCCUUCGACCGAAGAGGCUCGAAGGGGGAGGAGGCUGAUCUGUCGGACAGCGGAAGUUCCGACAACGAGAAGAAAAUAAACGAUCCGUCGUUGUUGCAACGAAAGAAUAGUGAUCCAGAUUCUGGAGCAGAUUCGUUGGAAGAGGCCAGUUUUAAAGAGUCGAGGAGCGAAGAAAUAUCGGAAGUAAGUAUUGGAACCCAAGCGGACGAUUUCGUCCCUCCGACCGACGAACUGGCCGAGAAGAUUUGUGCCCAGGUAGAGUUCUAUUUCUCCGACGAGAACAUCGUGAAGGACGCUUUCCUGCUGAAACACGUGAGAAGGAACAAAGAAGGAUACGUAUCCCUGAAGCUUAUAUCGAGUUUUAAAAGGGUAAAGCAUUUAAGCAGAGAUUGGAGGGUCGUCGGGGCUGCUCUGGCCAGGUCGAGGAAGCUUCAAGUGAAUCCGCAGGGUAGCAAAUUGCGCAGAGUCGAUCCAUUGCCUCCCUUCGAUCAGACCACCCCGUCGAGAACGAUCCUGGCCGCGAGGCUUCCAGUGGAGAAAUUGUCGGUUGAAUCUGUCGCCGAGAUCUUCAGGCCGUGCGGGGAGAUCGCACUCAUCAGGGUGCUUCGACCUGGCCAUCCUGCACCAGCCGAGGUGCGUCAAGCAAUCGCCAAGAGGCCAGAAUUGGCAUCGAGCGAGGAAUGCGCCAUGGUCGAGUUCACGGAUUCGGCGUCCGCUCGUACCGCCUUACAAAUGAUAUUGGGCGAUGCCAAGGUGUUCGAACUGCAACAAUCCAGCGAUAAAAAAAGGAAACAACAACCAGCGAAGAAAAGUGCUCUUACGAGGUUGACGAAAGAGGAAGUUUACAACUCCUCGAGUUGCCCCAGCGGAUCUGAGCCAGAAGAUGGAAGAGCCAGACACAAGAAGCCUAUUCAUGGUUAUCCAAUGUAUCACGCUUAUCCUGCCCAUCCAUUCCAAGGACCUCCAUCGCCAGAUGCAUGGUUAUCUCGUCGAUUGUCCGCUUGUUCGAUCUCGGGCUCAGAGAAUGGUUUUAUUCUUCGUCGUUUGUCUUCCUGUUCUGGUUCUGGUUCAGAGGCCGGAAGUUUCGGCAGACGUUACUCUGCUUGCUCUUCCGGCUCUGAGACCGGUUACUGUCAUCCAGUUUUCCCGCCAAAUUACUAUUAUCAAGAGAAUCGGCGUUUUUCUUGCUGCUCGAGUUCCGGUUCCGAAUGCAGUAGUGCUUGUUAUCAUUCUAGUCGCCGUGGUUCUGCGGAUUACAGCCCAUUUUUGAGAAGAUUGUCUGCUUGCAGCCGAGACUCUACUUUCGACUCAAGUUCCAGAAGAUUGUCUCUAUGCUCGUCUGGUUCCGAGCAGGGAGGUUAUUGCCGACCGAGGAGCAAUAGUGGUAUAGCGUUGACACAUUUACCAGAAAACGUGACGAGAAUGCCAUCUGGACCCGAUGGAACGCGUGGAUUUGGCCGACCUAUGAAAAUGAAUAUUAUGUCACCAACCAUGGAACCCACUUGUUAGAAAUGUCAAUUACUUUUAAGAGUAUUUUUCAUCGUGAAUAGACUGGUUAAUACGUUUAUCGAUUUCUCUGUUCUGUUUGUUGAAUGGCCAAUUCUUUGUUAUUCUAAAUAGAUUAAAAAAGAAGAAACAAAAAAAAAAAAAGAGAAGAAUAAUUUUAAAGAUGUUUGUACGAAAGAUUUAU